ACCAAUCAAAUUCUUAGGGCGAGGAACGCUGUAGUCUAUACAAGAUGGCGUAUGUGGUUGUUUUGCAGCUACAAUAUUGAGCGAAUUGCAGUAUUUUGUCAUCUAAAUUAAUCAAUUGUGGUAGUGUAGUCGCUUUGUAAUUGUUUGUUAUAAGCCGUAGAUACGCAGAAUAUCCAUCAUGAAAGGAAAAGAAAGGUCGCCAGUGAAAAAACGCUCAAGGGCCGUGGACGAUGUUCGAGACAGGGGAGGAAGCCACCCGAGCAGCAAGAAAAUGGGGGUUGUGGCGAUUUCUGGCGGAAGCAACAAUGGAAAUAGCUCUUCCAAAAGCGAAGGAGGUUCGGCAAGAAGGAGUUUACUUGGAGACAAAAGGGAUAGUCGGGACUUUGACGGACAUGCUUCUAGUCGCACGGGGAACAGUCACAGCUACACCAGUCCGGUUGCUAGCGCUAGCAGCAAGAAUCACAACUCGAGCCUUUCGCUCGAAGCGGCCGCGAGAGGCAACUCGCGCUCAGACCAGCGCAGCCAGCUCGCCGCUAACGAGAGUGAGUACAAAACGCUAAAAAUAAGCGAACUGGGGUCGCAGCUGAGCGACGAGGAGAUCGAGGACGGUUUGUUUCACGAGUUCAAGAAAUUCGGCGACGUGAGUGUGAAAAUUAGCCGCGUUAACGACGAAAGAAUUGCUUUUGUGAACUUCAGGAGGCCCGACGAUGCCAGAGCGGCGAAACACGCCCGAGGUCGCCUGGUGCUCUAUGACCGGCCUUUGAAAAUCGAGGCGGUGUACAUGAACAGGAGGAGAAGUCGAUCACCCGUGGAAAAAGACCACUUUUCUGCCGUGGCUGGCCACAGACAUUUGCACACGCAGAGGCCUCUGUCCCCUACUGGACUAGGUUAUAGGGACUACAGGCUCCAGCAGUUAGCGCUUGGUCGACUUCCUCCACCCCCACCGCCUCCCUUACCCAGAGAGCUGGAGAGAGAGAGAGAGUUUGCUUUUUAUGAAGCCAGAGCAAGACCCACUUACAUUGCUGAACGAGCUGCUGCCUUUCGUGAAGAGGAUUUUAUUUCUCCCGAGGACGACCAAAGAGCUAACCGAACAUUGUUUUUGGGUAACUUGGACAUCACAGUAACAGAAAAUGAUCUGAGGAGGGCAUUUGACCGCUUCGGGGCCAUCACUGAAGUGGACAUCAAGAGGCCCACUCGGGGCCAAAACAGUACAUAUGGCUUUCUUAAGUUUGAGAACUUGGACAUGGCCCACAGAGCAAAGAUCAGCAUGUCAGGAAAAGUGGUCGGCCGAAAUGCUAUUAAAAUUGGUUACGGAAAGGCGACCCCAACAACACGCCUCUGGGUGGGGGGCCUCGGACCUUGGGUUCCCCUGGCUGCAUUAGCAAGGGAGUUUGAUCGCUUUGGCACUAUUAGGACUAUAGAUUACAGGAAAGGGGACACGUGGGCCUACAUUCAGUAUGAAAGCUUGGAUGCCGCUCAGGCAGCUUGCACACACAUGCGUGGUUUUCCUCUUGGAGGCCCAGACCGACGGCUCAGAGUGGAUUUUGCAGACACUGAGCACCGCUACCAACAGCAGUUCCUGCAGCCGCUCCCCCUGCCCCACUACGAGGUCGUGGCUGAGUCCUUUGUUCACCGCGCAACCCCUGAAGCUAUCAGGGUCAGAGAAAGAACUCCCCCGCCACUGCAUUUUAGAGAACGGGAGCUCUAUGCUGGUGCGGAAUGGCCAGCCCCUGCCAUCCGUGAACGAGUAAGAACUCCUGCAUUCGAACCUCUGGAGCACUUGGAACGAGAUCGACGGCCCAGAGAGCCAUGGUCCCUGGAGCGGGAGCUACCAAGCAGAGAUGCUGCAAGAAAACGGCGCCUUCUUGAGGAUGGACGGCACCUCGACUGUUCACCAGACAGCAGCAGUGAGUGGGCAGUCCGGCGCCGGAGAGCCCCGUCCACUGAGGGCAGCCCGGGAGGUAGCAGUCGCGACGGCCGCUUCAGCGACUCUGAGAGGCCAACGAGAGCAGAGCGGCUGUCACCAGCGCGAGAGCGCCGCAGCAGCCUAGACAGGGCUCCUGGAGAGAAGCGCCUCAAGAGCAGCAGCAGCUUGUCUGAGUCCAGCAUUGGUGCAAGCCCGUCAGAGAGAAAACGCAAAGCAAGUGAACUGAGCAAAGGGCCUUCAAAGAGAGAGAGAGCUGAAGGGAGCUCCAAGGGCAGUCAGUCAUCCAAGCAGGACACUGGCGGGAAGCUGAGCAUGGCCUGGAAUGGAAUGCUGCUCCUCAAGAAUAGCAAUUUCCCAGCCAGCAUGCACAUCCUGGAGGGAGACCUGAGUGUGGCCAACACCCUUCUAGUCGACGGCAGCACGGGAGGGAAGGUGACUCAGCUCCGCAUCACACAGCGCCUUCGGCUCGACCAGCCCAAGAUGGAUGAGGUGUCACGCCGCAUCAAAGUGGCAGGCCCAGGCGGGUAUGCCAUUCUCCUUGCAGUUCCUGCCAGCUCCGAGGACACGUCUUCAUCCUCCUCUUCGACAGACCCAGCGGCUUCGACUCAGCGUCCUCUGCGCAACCUGGUCUCGUAUCUGAAGCAAAAGCAGGCGGCCGGGGUAAUCAGUUUACCCGUGGGGGGCACUCGCGAUAAGGACAACGCGGGGGUGCUGCACGCGUUCCCACCCUGCGAUUUCUCUCAGCAGUUCUUAGAUUCCUCUGCAAAAGCUCUUGCCAAAACAGAAGAGGACUAUCUUGUCAUGAUCAUUGUCCGCGGAGCAUCCUAACAGUCAGAACACAAACAAAAAAAAAGCAUUGUUAUAAAAAAGAAAUGUCUCAUUUGCAUGCUCUGUUAAGCCUGGUGCAGGAACCAUAGUUUAAACAGUUAUUAAAAGGGUAUGUGUCAUCUGUUCUGCCAAAUGCAAUGCAUGAAAAACAUGUCUCAUAUAGCAAAAUUGGUUUUCAUAUUGCAAUAUUUGCUCACCAUUGCAAGUCGAGUUUCCAAACCAAAUCAUUGUGAUACUGUGCAACUGUAUGAAAGAGUGAAAGAUAAAAGGCAGACACAAUUUGAAAACUGAAUAUUUACACUAUACACUGUACUGCUGAGAACCUAAUACAUGUUUGUUUAGCCAUUAGAUUGUUCCCUAUAUGGAGAUUAACAAGAAUGUUGGUUCAUGUAGGUAUAUUAUAUAUAUUUUUUAUUUAAAAAAAGAGGUUAUUGACUCAUUGUGGUUUAACGCUUGGAACAAUCAGUUAAUGAUGAAGAGACAGUGUAACAUAGGCCUAGGUGUGUAGUUCUAUAGUUCACCUAAAGCAGUCCAGGUAUUUCUCACUUAAAACUGCAUGUUGACUGUUGUCCUGUUUUGAAACCGUUACGGGGUAGUUCACAGUUCAGAAGUUUGCAGACUAUAAACUAAUGUAUAUACAACUGUACUUUAGUAUUGAAGUGUUUAUCAGUGUGUAACUGGGCAAGCAUUUAAUGAAGCUACAAAUUGUUUUCUUCAAGAUUUUAUUAUACCCAAGGCAUCUUAUAAUAUGAAUCAGUGAUUAUUUUGGUCUUCUUUUAAUUCUAACAUAUUUCAAAGCCACCAUUUGCACAGACCGUUGCACAUAGCUUAAAAUUUAGAUAUCCUCUUAUUUGUCUUUUUGUAUUUGACAAGAUCAUCUGAAGAACUAGUUCUAUUGAGACAUUUUUUUAUUUUUUACUUUGCUUUUUGCUCAUCCCUAAUAAUUUCUGUCCAGGAUUGGUAAUAUAGUCAGCCACUAGUUUCUACUGAUUUCAAUGCUUUUAUUGUUGUGUUUUGUUUUUUUUUGUUUGUUUUUUCCUUUUCUUUUUUUUCUUUUUUUUUUUUUUAAAUAGUAGUCUUGCCCAUAGAACACAGUACAAAAAAAUCAAAGAACAUUUGAUAGAAUAGCAGAAUGUAAUGCAUGUGGCUUUUUCAUUUUUGUCAGCAUUGGCCUCAGUUUUGUUCUAUAUGCCACAUUAAAGGAAUUGUUAAAUUGAUGUCCAGGUACCAAAAUGUGAGUGGAAAAGUGUUCCUUCCAAUUUGAUAAACAUAAUAAUGUCAUAAUAAUGCCUAUGUUGAUGUAAUUCUGUUAUGGUCUAUAUUCUCCAUAUAUUAACACACUUUAAUUGUCAGCUUAGGGCAUACUUGAAGCAGGGCUGUACAAUUAGAGGUGAUCAAAGUGUUUAUUAUUUUUCAGUACAUUAAUAAUGAUUAUGGUUCAGUGCAAAACCACAGAGCGCUGUAAUUGGUCAGCACAUGUGAUUGUGUAGUGAUCAUACCACCAAAGAGCAUGCAUUAAUUAUUGAGUCUACUUUUUGUUGGAGUAUGCUUAAUUGUGCAGCCCUAAAUUUAAGUAUGUUUUAAGCUGAAUAAUCAGCUAUGUAUGUUUUGAUAGUCUGUUAUAGACAUAGCAUACUUUUCUAACCCCCUACAUCAGAAAUUUUUUGCAUUUCUAUCAAUGUUGAGGUUUUUUUGCAGUGUCUUGAGUCUGAUUAUUAACAAAUGUGUUAAUUUCAUCUGUAUUAUGCCAUCUAUCAUUUUAAAAUCACACUAAAUUGCAUUUUUAAAGCAGAUUGGUUUGUGAAUUAAGAUAAUUAAGCUGUUCUAUAUGUAUGGAUGAGUAGGAGAUACUGUACUUUCAGUAGCCAUCUCUCAGGAUGAAAAAGGACCGUUGCAACAGAGGACUUCCCAUGGCUGGAAUCAAAAUGAUUGAGUUGAUACAGGAGCCCUUUGGAUACAGAGGGGCAAGAGCUUUUCGUUUAGUGAUUGUGUAUUCUCGCUGAGAGAGCAGCUUCACACUUGUGUAAAUGUUUUUGUGCUUACACUUCCCAUAUUUAAACGGAAAUAUGACCGUCUUGCUUUGUGGUGUGUUUACCUGAUUUCUUGAAGGAGAGGAAAAAAAGAGGAAUCGCUCAUUCACAUCUCGCACAGCUAAGAAAUAGCUGUCCACAUACACACAAAAAAGUGCACUGGCACUUAUUUGAUUUUGUCUUACUAUCAAUAAAUUGUGUCAUUUGAGGGAGAAAUGUUCAUUCGUUGGAAAUGAAUCGAAGACCAUCUCCCGCUGUUUUGCGGUUGUGUUUCGAUGGAAUUGUUGCUCAUUGUUUCUGCUCAGGAAAAAAAAAUUUCCAAUAUGUGGAUCAGUGAUGACAUUAAGAGCCAAGAGCGAGAGCGUUUUAUUGCCGUGUUGUCAAUCAGUGUUUUCCAACCUUGUGUCCCGGAGUUGCCCGGCUUUGCUAAUUAACAGCCCUUGCACACUCCUGCCCUAAACCUCUCCCUUAUUCCCGAGGGAAGCGAGAGCAGAAAGAAGGGGGCUUUUGCUACUGUGCUCUCUGUAGCAGGCUUGUGCUCUGCUGCUAACCAAAGUCAGAGGGGAGAUGUUGAUUGCACAGACCUUCAGAUAAGAUGAAGCACUGCCACUGGUGUCCUCCAAGGUUCUUCCCUACGUGCAUCAGCUGGAAGAGGUCAGGUCUGCUGUAACCCAACUGCUUUGCAUUGGCAGCACAACCACCUGCGAAUUAAGGGUCAAAUUUGAAUACUUUCUAUUUCGGUGGAGCAGGCAUAUGUUUACCCCAUCCUUUGGUUUUUUGCACAUUUGAUUUUAUUUUUUCCACUCCAUUGAGAUAUCAGUACAGGAAGAGGAUUUCCAUGAUCAGAAAAAGGAGAGCAAUAUAGAAUGUAAAAAGCCGUUCUAGGCCCUGAAGGAAGGCUGAUAGUUUUGUCUUCCUCCACUUGCGUUUGUGACAGAAGUAUUAAAUGCACACCUGUCUUAAAUUGACCUGAAAUUCAAGUGUUGCCAACUAGACUGCCAGUUUCCUCAGCACAGCACAAGAGUUAACGCAUGGAGGAGGUACUUGCAAGAAGCGUACAGCUGGAGAGAAAAAAAAGGCCUCUUUUCUUCCUUAGUAAGCUGUUGUGUUCACCUUCAUCACCUCUCCAUCAGGUCAUCCAGCAGGUCAUCCAGCAGUGAGUGCCUGCCCGAUGGUGGUGAGUAGGGCUAGUGUGUUUUAUACCCGGGUCGUUUCUCAAAGCCUGCCUGCUAAAGGUAAGUAUCAGUGCAGGACAGAGUAACUCACUCAUGUAGGAUUCGAAUGUUUACAUUUGCCACUAAACUGACAGUUGCACAGAUUAUAUGAGCCCAUGUAGCUGUGUUAUUAAUAUGACUGGAGAAGUAAGUUCUGCAUUUUCAUUAAUAUGUAUUUAAACAUGUGAAUUCAUUCGUUGAGUGCAUGAGCUGACAUGUUCAGUAGAAAUUCAUCAAAAAGAAAAAAAAAAAAUCAAGUUUCAGUAUUCUCUAAACUCUUUAAAAAAAAAAAAAACAAACAAAAAAAAAAACACUGGUUUACUGGACAGGUUUAAAUUGCACUGUAAUAUCUGGCCAUAAUACCCAUCAGUAUUUCACCAGUAUGUGGGAUUGUGGGAAUAACAUGCUUUAUAGGAGGUAAGUCUUGGACAUAAGGGGAUUUUCAGUGGUGUAUCACUUCUAAUGCUGCCUUUUAGUCCAGAACUAGAAUUCAUUUGCAGAGAAUUGUCUCUGGAUAGUGACUCACUGUGGACAAUUUGUUUUUAAAGGUAGGUUUGACUGAUCUCUGGGAAACUCCAUCAAUAAUAUAAGAAACUUUUAGGAUCAAACUGACUUGAAAUAUUUGAAUAUAAAAGCUAAUAAAUCUUUCCUAUGUCAAUGUGAAUAUUAUCCCAAAUAUAGAAUUUACUGACUGGAAGGUGGUAACAAGAUAAAAUCCCUAAAAUAACUUAAAAAUGAAUGGUUGAGUGCCUGGUCAGUUCCUUUAGAGCUGUACACAAAUAGGCCUUGUUAAACUGGAGCUCCACAAGUUUUCACCAGAUUAUAGUCCAAACAGAUGUAGCCUGUGGAAAUAUUUUCUUUGUACUCUGAGUGAUAUGAAUGAUGGUUUGGCCUAUAGCAUGGCUUUAGAAAUGGACACACUUUUGGUGCACAGUAGCAUCCAUGAUUUUAAAAUGUCCAGAUUAGAAACAACAAACCAGGCAUUUUUUCAUUUGGCAUCAUACCAGUGGUUCCCAAACCUGGUUGUGGAUUCCACUACACCGCACACAUUAAAACUCUCCAUGGUGUGUGUGUGUGUGUGUGUGUGAGAACCGGGAAAUUGGGACACUGGGAAAGACUGAUCUAUUCCUGUAUGCUGAACGAAAAUGGAAUAUUUAGCAAAACCAUAGUCUGCUGAAUAAGAUCUUCAACUGACCUAAUCUACUGACAGAUUGCUGACGAAGAGACAGGUCACGGUUUAUGACGUAAAUAUUUAGACUAUACAUACUGUCUUUUUUGGCACAUUUAUAUGGAAGUCAGAAAAACAGAUGGUUGGCUUCAAAUUUCUUUGACCUUGGACGGUAAUAAAACUAUAUAAAUGAAAUAAUAUAUGUGCAAUGUGUUAUUAGUCAUCAUACUACCAGUAUAAAGAAGGCUUUAUAAAAAUAAUAUGAUUUUUGGCCAGUAUGUAAACAUUGGUAACUUUUACCAAAAUUGCGCACAGAGGAGUGACAAAUUGAAGGGGGGAGAAAAAGACUCUUUAUAAGAUACAAGCCGCUGUCAUAAUUUCAAACAAAUCUCUGUACUGGAGGGAUGAACACCAACUAACACAGCAGUCCAUAAACCCCCAUAGGUGUUCAGUUAGGUUGAUAUCUGGUGACUGUGAAGGUCAUAGCAUGUGAUUUACUGCAUUUUUAUACUCAUUAGACUAUUCAGUGAGCUGUCGUGUACUGUGGAGGGGGGUGGGGUCAUUCUGGAAGAGAUCAGGAUAGUCCCAUCAGGAUAGACCAGUUUCUUCAUGGGAUGAAGGUGAUCAGUCAGAAUUCCUUUGUAUUAAUUUGCAGGGAUUUUCCCCUGUAUGGCACAUGUUCCCAACCCUGGUGAUGGAGUACCCUCUGUCCUGCACACUGCAUAUUUUUCCUGGUCUAAAACAAAUGAUUCAACCAACCUGAUUAACAGCCCUUCUUGAACUGAAGGACGCCAUGACCGAGGCUGGGAACCUGUGCUGUAAGGGGACAAAUAGAGCCAAGCAAUGCCAACAAAAUGUCUCCCACAGCAAUUGUUUUCCUGUUGUCCUCUACUUGCAUGUAUAUAUAAAGUAUUAGACAUUAGAUUUGACAUCUUCUUAGAAAUCAGAAAUGAAUGAAUUAGAUAAGUCUGCAGCACUUCCUUACUGUAUGCAGGUAUUGACAUGUAUGUUGUCAUUGGAAUGAUGGAAUGUCAGUAGUAAAUAUGAUGAAAUCAGUUGUGAUCUGCAAUAUAACCCAGGGAGUCUCAAGUGUUUAAAAUCUGACCACUUCAGAAAACAAGGAAACAAUUUGGGUAUCAAUCAGUUUUAUGCAAGAUUAAAAUGGGGUUUGAGUCUGGGGAAAGCCUAGACAUUCUGCUAAAGGAUGUUAAUAUUUGAAACUGUAGUAAACAGUUAUAGAGUUGUAGACUGUAAGGUUGAAUGUAUUGUUGUUUAAUAUUAAUACUUCCCUAUUGUUUGACUGCACAGUAAUGUUCUACACUGAAUCCUUUCUAGGCUGACGUGAGAAACUUGUGAGAAACCACAGCUGCAGUAUUGAAGUGGUGAGCUGUUUGUCUCCAUGAGCACACUUACCAGUGGUGGUAUUGGAUUGUGAACUGCAGUGCAGAUCCAGUUCAUCUCUUAGUCCAUAAAGAACCAUAUGCUACGAGUAUUGCUUCCAAAUCGUAAGUAGUUGUGCUUUAGUGUGUGUGUGCUUUAGUAGAAAUUUUUACUAGAUUUGUUUUUGCAGUUGCUAAUAUUGGUAUUAUUUGUGGAGCUUGCUAAAAGGUGGGCAAAACAUUUUGAAUCUUGCUGAUGCCAUUUAUAACUGCAGAUGUGUAUCUGAAAUUGCAAUAAAAGCAAUGUUUUUGUA